GCAAAAGAGCUGGCAGAUCCCCGGCACGGCCCUCGUUCGACGGACGGAUGCGCCUCUCGAUGUGCUCCUAACGGCUUUGCCGGCUCAAGUGUGUGUGGGCCGUUUCUGCGGUGAUCAUGGAGGAUUCAAGCCCAGGUGUCUCGGCGCUGGAGCGGCUGCGGAGCUUCUUGAUUGAGUCCUGUGGGUCCUUGCUGCAAGCAUGGUUAAAGUACUUUGACACCAAUGUGGACUACAGGAUCGACAAGCUGGAGUUCAUGGAGGGCAUGCGACAGCUGAGCUACCCGGCCAGCGAGAUCCCGCAGCUCUUCGCGGAGAUCGACGUGGCCGGGGGCACCGAUCGAUGAACUGGACAAGGAGGACGCCGUCCUGUGGCACAAAUUCCGCGUGUGGUCUGUGCAAACCUUCUACAAUGUCGAGGAUAUGAUCGAGACCUUAGCUGCAGAUCCCGACCGGCCUGCAGUGUGCCAGGCGUGCGAGGUCACCUUCGAUCAGUUUCGUGAAGGCUUGCAAAGGCUCGACUGGAAGGAGGGGGACGAGGGCGUGCUGUUCAAAGCCUUAGACUUCGACGGCGAUGGCCUCGUGAAGCCCAGCGGCUUGAGGUGGCUGGCCAUUGAGCUGAAGCGUCUUCGAAAGAAGAGAGUGGCCAAAGAGAACGCUGCGAAGAAGAAGAUGCCUGGCAUCUCCUGGGAGCUCCUCGAACGACAGUUCCUUGAGUUCCGGGAUGAUCUGCGAAAGAGGUUUGGCAAUGGCAGCUUGGUGCGUGCGUGGCGUGUGUCCUUGUCAGAUACCAUGAUCCUCCCCAAGACGCGCUUCUUGAAGGCCUGUGUCAAGAUGGGCUAUGCCAAGAAGGCCAAAGAGCUCUGGAAGAUCUUGGACAAGGAUGAGAGCGGCUUCGCCUCCAUCGAUGAAUUGGAUCCCAAGGGUGCCCAGGUCUUAGCUCAUUUCAAGAAGUGCUUGGACGAGCGCUUCGCCAGCAUCGCGGAUGCCUUCACCUUUCUGGACCUCGAGGGCACACGGAAGAUCCGCAAGUCCCAGUUCGAGGCUGCCUUGAGGAGGUUGGAGUUCCCCUACUUGGACACAGCGGCGGAGCUCUUCGAAAGCUUGGAUGUGGAUGGGAACCAUUUGUUGGAAGAGGAUGACAUUCAGUUUUUGGAGAAGUGGAGCCCCUCACCGAUCCUCACGGCGCAGCCCAACGUCAAGGCCCGCGAUGAGGUCAAGGAGGCGCUACUGCUGAAGUACGGCCGACCGGUGAAAGCUUGGAGGCAUUUGUUAGAUCGCGAUGGCAGCAACCGCUGCAACUGGCAUGAGUUCCUGAACGCUUGCAAAAUCAUCGGCUUUAAAGGCGACGUGGCCGGCGCCUGGCGGGCCUUCGACGAGGAUUUGUCUGGGUACAUUACGCUGAAGGAGCUGGACCGAGAAGGCUACCGAACCUUGUGGGACUUCAGGACUUGGGCCGUGGACGAGUUUGGCUCAGCCCGGGCCGCCUUCAGCGUCUUCGAUAGCGACAACUCCAACAGCCUCAGCUCGCAGGUUUCAGCCGAGGGCGCUUUAUCCCUGAAGGAGGUGUCCUUCCUGGACGACUGGAUCGAAGACCCUUCCGAGAUCUCCAGCCAGGCGCGUAGGGUUUCCACGAACUGCUUGGUGACUCACCUCCGUGGUGAUCCCUUGCGCCGCGGCGCGCUAACAGGCACCGACGCAAUGGAAGAGAUGCAACAGAAGGUCUUGGCGAUGGAGGAGGCGGAGGAACUCCUCAAGACCUGGAAACGCCCCGUCGAGAGUCCCAUGAAGCUCGUGAAGCUUUGUAGGACUCGGUGGCUAUCCCGAUGUCGACAUCGCACAGGCCUGGUGGUGCUGUGAUCUUGGAUCGACUGGCUGGACCCGACUUUUGUCUGCGCUUCUUCUUGAAGCAGAUGGAGCCCGCCAGCGAGACGAGAUCCAA